AUGUGUUUGCAGACCAACACCGCCUUGCUCACCACCGGCGCCACGGUGCUCACCGCUCAGGCGCCAGCUGAGAAGAUGACGCAGCUGUCGGAAGAGAGCGUCGAGGAGAUCCUUCUCACGGCAGCGCAAGCAAGCGGGGAGGCCCCGAACCGCGCGGUGAAGCGCCGUGUUCGCCAGCGCCUGCACAAGAAGCUGGGUAGCCUCCUCUCAGCCGAGGAGUUCGAUCGUGCAAUGGAUCGCUUCAAGGAUUUGGAGCAGCACGCCCCGGCAACCCCACCAGCCGAGUCGUUCCACCCACCACAGAACGUUUUGCCAGUCGGCUGUCCAACACAGCUCAUUGCUGUUCCCUGUCCCUUCUUCAUGCCCGUCAUGGCACCGGCGAUGAGGCCGUCGCCAACGAUGAUGCCCUGCAUGCAAGUCGUGAACCAGCAGCCAAGGGAGCAGGAGCCUGUGGCGGCUACCGUGCACAUCGUCCCCGAGAAAGCUCCAGUGUGGGACACGUCCGCGAUGUCAGAAACGACAGCAGAUGACGAGAUGGACCUUGAGAGCGUCAGUGAUCUGGAGUCGGAGUGGGCCAGAGCGCUUACCGAGGGUUCCGCGCAGCUGCCAGUUGAGAGGACCUUUAUCCAGUUCAACACGCGGCCGCAUGUUCAUCGUCGCCGCUCAAAGUCUGUCUGA